AUGGCCGACGACUCCGAGUACACCGAAUCCGACAUCUGGGCCUCACCCCAGCAAACCCUCCAUCCAAAAACACCCAAAACGCCAAAGACGCCCAGAACCCCGCGUACGCCAGCAUCUGAAGGCCCGGACCGCGAUACGCUGCUGCGCAAGGAGCUCGAGGGGGUCAAAAAUGUCAACCAGGCCAUAGAGGGUCUGAUUGGCACCCUACAACGAGCUGGGGGAAACAUGAAUGUUGUCACGCAGACUGUGAAUAACGCCUCUUCUCUCCUCAACUCAUGGACCCGAAUUCUUUCCCAGACAGAACACAACCAGCGCCUGAUUCUCGAUCCCAGGUGGAAAGGCACCACAGAGGACCUCGCCGAACAAGAGGCCGAAGCUCUCCAGCGACAACAAGAGGCUGAGCGCAGGGCGCGCGAAGAAGAACAGCGACGCGAGGAGCUGCGCCGCCGCAGAGAAGAAGAGGAAACAAAACGCAGGCUGGCGCCGGGCUCCAGAUCCAUCCGUGCACCAGCCAGCUCUCGCGGGUCAGUAUCGCGUGCUCGCGCAAGAGCGGGAUCGCGCAUCGGUACUGCCUCCAGCUACUCAUCAUAUAAUACAUCGAGCUCCAGCUCUCGCGGGACCUCGGGCCUCGGAAGAGGUGUAGGAAGAGGUGCAGGAACUGCCAGAGGCACCCGGUCACGAGGCGCACGAUAG